AUGAUGAUCGGAGCUCGGAAGAUCAUCACCAGGCGCCGAUCCACAACAGCGGAAUUGUACCUUAAGUCACUUUCCGACCGCGUCUCUGCUCUCGAGCAAGGGUUUGAUCUGGUGAACGACGAGAAGGCGAAGUCCGAUCGGAAGUACACUUGGACGGCGGAGAUCAACAGUUCCGAGAAGGACGGUUUAGAUCGGAAGUUCAAGUUGACAACAGAGAUCAAAGGUGGGAAGAAAAAGGAGAAGACCAGUAAAUGGACGGCUGAGAUUAAAAGGAAGGGAGAAGAUGCACGCAAGUACACUUUCACCGCGUCAACUGCCAAUGCCGCCAUUGAAGAUGAUAGUGGAUCAGAGAAGAAAGAGAAAGACAAGAACAAGAACAAGAAGAAAGAUAAGAAGAAAGAGAAAGUACCUCGUAUCGUAGAAAUCCAAGGUUCACCUGAUCAUGGCGCUCUUCUCAUGAAAAAGGCAUUUGGUAGAGCAUUGGAGAGGAACAAAGGGAAGAAGAAGGAGUUAUCACCUCAAGAUGCCGCCAUGUUUAUUCAGAUGACUUUCCGAGCAUAUCUGAUCAAGAGAUCCCAGACUCUCCGUGCCCUACGUGAGCUAGCUGUUGCAAAGGGAAAGCUUAAGGAACUCAGGACUCUGUUCAACAAUUUCUCAUACCGUCGCCGGGUGGCUGUCGAUGCAGAGGAGAGGCAGAAGUUCUCUGAGAAGGUCAUUGUGCUGCUUCUCACUGUUGACGCCAUUGAGGGGGCUGAUAUCAUGGUUAGGGCUGCAAAAAGGUCGAUGGUGGAUGAGCUGGAAGCAAUGCUGGACGUGGUGGAUCCGCAGCCAGGAGGUGGUGGUGGUGGGCGAUCACUGUCCAUGAAGAGGAGGACAUUCGACAUGCCAGAUGGUGUGAUCCAGAAGGAAAUAGCACAAGGUGUGGCUGAGGUUGUAAGAAUGCUCGGACAAGAAGAAGAGUGAUUGAUUUUGAAACCUUUGAAGCUUCUCUGGAAGUCCAUGUCCUUCGAUGGUGUCAUGUUAAUGAAGGACAUGCUGAUGCUGAGUUAUUGUGUUAAUGUAGGCUUAAGGGACAACUGUAGUUUCAUCUUUGUGUGUUGUUGUUGUGUUGUGUGUGUCCUCUGCUUCCAUUUUAUGGGAAGCACGUAUUGUUUUGUAAGGUCUGGCUAGUCUAAUAUUAUUG